CACUGAAAAUAUUUCUUUGAUAUUCAAGCACGUAACAUAUGCUUGCAUAGACAUUCAAGUGCAUGAGCAAGAAUAUCAAGCGCUAUAGUUUUUCCUAGUGGUCUCAAGUCUUGACUCAAGAUGUGUCCAUAGCGCAUGACAUUCAGGGUUAAGAAACUCAAGAAUGUCAUGCGCUUGCUAAAAAAAGUUCGACUAGGGAUCAAUCUGACACCAAAAUUGUAAUAAAGAAAAGAUUGUUAACUUAUCAAUAGCAGAAGAUUUAAACAAUUGACAAGAUUUCUUUGGAUUUGUUGAUGCACUUUCUCAAACAUUAGUCUUUAUGAUAAAAUUGAUUUCAUUAAUGAUAUUAUUGACUAUCACAGGAAAAAAUAAAGUUUUAAAAGCUAUUGUUUGAUAAACGAGAUAGAUAACACAAAGCGAAGUGUUUUCAAAUUACGUUUGCUGAAACAAAUUUGUUUGUAGUGUAAAUUCAUAGUUAUAGAUAAAUGAAAAAACAAAUGUCUUAGAAUAAUUUUCAAGACUUGAACUUCUGUCCAAAUCUAAGAUUUAUAAUUGAACAACGGUCUAUGUUAUUCGUUUGUAAUUUAGAUUAAAUAACUAAUAAAUAUUAUUAAAAUACUAUCUCUGAUUUAUUAAUUUUUAUUUUCAGUUAAAUAUUUAUUAUAUGAAAAAGAAUUACAAUGUAUAGAAUCAUUAUCAUUAAUACAAGCAAAACAACUUAUUGAUAUAAUUCAUUAUCUAUAUGAUUGUCGUAUUAUUCAUCGUGAUGUACGUCCACAAAAUUUAAUGUUAGAUCGUGAUACUAAUCAUAUAAAAUUAACCGAUUUUGGUUAUGCCAUUGCAUGUAAUAUGAAUAACAAAGGACGCAAAAUAAGAAUCGUAGGUCCUCUUACAUAUGCUACUCAAUCAUUUUUAGAUGUUAAAUUAAAAAUUUUAACUCGAGAGUUGCCCAAAGAUCAUUAUUAUUGUUAUGAACCAACUUUUGAUUUAAUAUCUGCAUUAAAUAUUAUAAUGACAGUGACUAAUGCUGAUAUCAAACGAAAAAUUGAUUCAAUUGAUAUAUU